AUGUGUCUCAAGUGGCUGGUGUUGAUGCUGUUGGCAAGUGCCCUUGGAGAUAGUGAGGUUGAUCUCGCGGAUACUGUGAAGCUACUUCGUGAACAAGUGAAUGCACUUAUUGAUCACAGGCAAGAGGAUUACAAUGCACUUGAGGAGAGUCUCAAAAUAGCGAUGGAGAAGAAUACAGAGUUGACGGUUCUGAGGAAUGAAGUUAAACUGUUGAGGAAGGAAGUGGGUUUGCUGCGCGGCGGAAGCGGCAACGAGGCGAAGAAUGAACGCCUGAGGGUCAAAUGGUUGGGCAGCGCUGUUACCGAGUUGAAGAAUGAAUUGGCUGAGGUAUUGAGGGCAAGAAAUGCCAGCGAGGAGCUUGCGGAGAGGGCCAGGAUGAAGAGUGAAAUUGCACUGCUGAGGGGCGAUGUUGCACAAGUUGGAAGGGGCAUAAGGGAUCUUGGGGGACGACUAACGAGGAUUGAGGCAUCUCUUGGGACUAUACGAGUGGAUAUCGUUGCGAUUAAGGAGAGGGCUGGACAAGUUACGAGGAGUUGCGCUGAUAUAGCUAGUCAGUUGAGCACCGUUCAAAUUGAGAUGAAGUCAUUGAAGUACGAGCCGCACGUAGAACCUAAAACCCAUCACCUAUCGCGCAAUGAGAUAAUUGAGGACGCGGAGGAGCGGGAGUACAAGCGUGAGCAUCACAGAUCGUCGCGUCACAGUUUCUCGAGAUCUUCGAUUUUGAAGAAGAUCGAGGAGAGACUGAACGGCCUGGAGCGCAAGAUCUCGCUUGUCUCGAGGAAACGAGGGAUGAUCGAGAAGCGGGUGGUGUACGAGAGCCCAGAGAUUCCCCUGGAAUCCCUGAAGAUCCUGAAGGAGGAGAUGCUGAUGAAACUCCUGAACGUCACCGAUCGAGUGAUUUCCAUGGAGCAGCACCUGGCGGACUCGGAUCAGGCGGCGCUGGGGUCUCUGGCAGCUUUGGAAGACAAAGUCAACAAUAACCAGUCGGAACUGAAGAGGGAAGUGGCGAGGAUCGACGUGAACGCUGCGCGGAAAAACGCGGAGAUAUCGCGGACACGAGAGGACCUGGGGAAUUUGAGGAGGACGGUUCAAGCUCUGAGUGUCAGUGCGUCGAAGCUGCAGGAGAAGAGUGACGCUCAGCAGGAGAGCAUAUCGAACCUCGAGAGGAGGAUGGAAGAGGGGACAGCACUCGAUUCAGCUGUUGCCAGGGCGGAGAACAUCACUCACGAACUGGAGCACGUUGAGGACGAGUACAGACUGAUGGUGGAUGCACUCCCUGGGAAUUGUGACGCUAAGGACGGCUUGACGCUGCUGGGAAACGGCCAGGGAGGGCCUCUGCUGGUGUCCUGUCACGCUGGCUGGAUCAUGGUGGCCAGGAGGAUGGACGGGAUCGUGGAUUUCGACAGGAGUUGGAGUGAAUACGCGAGUGGUUUUGGGUCGCCUCUUAAUGAAUUCUGGGUGGGGAAUGAGGCCCUGCACAGGCUGACUCGAGAUAACUGCACGAAACUGAGGAUCGAGUUGACGGAUAUUUAUGGCAUCAGGUGGACGGCUGAGUAUGAUCACUUUGCUGUGCUGUCGGAGGAGACUGGGUAUCAGCUGCAGGUCGGGGGCUACUCUGGCAACGCCACUGACGCCUUUUCUUAUCAGAAUAAUAUGAAAUUCAGCGCUAAGGACAGGGAUAUGGACAUCAGCUCAGCUGAUUGCGCUGCUAAUUAUCAUGGGGGGUGGUGGUUCAGCCAUUGUCAGCAUGCUAAUCUCAAUGCCAAGUAUUCUCUAGGAUUGACUUGGUAUCAGUCUGACAAUAAUGAGUGGAUGGCUGUUACUGCAUCCACUAUGGCGAUAAAGAAGAAGGAUCAUUGUGAGGGCAGGAGUUAA